UUUUAUUGGUGUGUUUUUCUAGCGAGUUUAAAAUCGGUGGUUUGAAAAUAAUUGCCUUUUCAAACUUUAGCUCCUUACAAAGAAUCCGAGGCGACGGGGAAGCCUUGAAGACAAAUUGGACAACGGAUGGCUGGAAAGGGAGAGAGUCCAGUAAGUGGCACAUGUGGUAAAUUGUACUUGUGUAAUAUCACCAAGAAAUACUUUUAUACCAAUUAAACCCAUGGGGGGGGGAAAUAGAAAAAAAAAUUGGGUAAAGUUUGCAGCUUGGCUAAUAACCAAUAAACAUUGAUCAUUUGUUAGUCAAGUCUUAGGAAACACAUAUCUUAUAGAGUAAUCUUUCUGGAGUUAAUCAUUUUUUCUUUGUUUACAAGGUUCUAUUCGGCAGAGAUGAUAUGCGGCCUGCAGUUCCUGCACAGCAAGGGGAUCAUCCAUCGAGACAUCAAACCCCUCAACAUCUUGUUGGAUCACAAAGGCCAUGCUAGGAUUUCAGACUUCGGCCUGGCUGUACAAAAUGUCUUUAAAGAUGAUACCAUCACUGGCGAGCACGGAACUCUGGCAUACAUGGCCCCGGAGGUAAGACAUAGAAUAACAGUAUAUUUACAGUAGAAACCAAGUAAAAAUAAAUAGUAAAGGAGAAUAUGGCAAGGACAAAAGGACUGUAUCUAGCUCACGUCUAUCAAAGACAUAUAUACCUACAUGUUAUACAAAUAAGCACUUGAACUUUAUUUAGAUUGAUUUGUUUUUGUAUCUGUGAAUAUGCCUGCAUGUUUGCCCUUAAGUAAUAACUUUUCUUUCUGUUCAAGAUCCUACAAGGAGUGCCAUAUAAUGCAGCGGUCGACUGGUGGUCUCUUGGGAUCACCAUCUGUGACUUGGCCAGUGGAGAGGCCCUGUUUUACAGCGACGACAGAGCAAGACUCAUUGAAAUGAUCACCUUGGGUGAGCUUGUAAUACCUCUAUGGCUGGAUGAUGAUCUAAUAGAUCUUCUGGAAAAGCUCCUUACAAAGAAUCCGAGGCGACGGGGAAGCCUUGAAGACGAAUUGGACAACGGAUGGCUGGAAAGGGAGAGAGUCCAGUUCUAUUCGGCAGAGAUGAUAUGCGGCCUGCAGUUCCUGCACAGCAAGGGGAUCAUCCAUCGGGGACUUCCGGUUCGGCGCCCAAUGUAUAUGGAGGCUUGGGAGUAGAGCUCCACUAGCCAACAUCGUAAAAGCUGCAAUUUAUAAGCAGCAAACCUUCCGAUAAGCUUGUAGGAGGUCGGAGGUGAAAGUAAUUACUCACAGUUGGUGUCUGAAUUCUUGGGCGCUCUAAUAAAUCUCUGUGAAAGAAUCCUGUGAGGGAAAGAGUAACCCGCUGCAGCAGCUGGCCCCAUAAGGUCUGAGUGGAAUGUGUAAUGGCACCCAGCUAAAUGAGCUGAGGUAAUUGUGAUCUGGUCCAGGGGUUUCCUCAUUGAAGUGGAACGCUGCUUCUAUAAGGUUUAUUACCAGAAGCGCUGGUAAACCUUUCUCCUCAGUGCCAUAUACAGUAUGACCCAGGCGCCAUCUUGUGGUCAAACUUGACGUGACGGUGGAGUGAUUAAUUAAGGCUCCUAGUGACUGAAUAGUUCAUUUUAGUGGAGUCCAGCUUCAAUUCUAAUGUGUCUCACUACUCCACUUCAGGAUUAACUCUCCCCAGCUGGAGUACCCUUUUCAAUAUAGUUACACGAAUUGUCACCAUCUGGGUUCCUUUGCAAUACUUUCUUUCACCUUGUUGGCAGCCAUUUUUUUUUAACUUGCUACGCUGAAGGCAAAAUUUGAUGAACUUCUGAAACAAUAGCUUCAGUAUCUAUUUCUCCAAGGCUCUAUUACCUCAGAUUACAUAUUAAGGUUAUAUAAGUAAAAUUCAAAAAUAUAAAAAAUAAAUUAAAAUUAUAAAAAAAAAAAAAAAAAACAAAUAAAAGGAAAAAGGAA